AGGACCUAGCCGUGCGUGUUGCCUCCGACAGUGCGGAGGAAUCCGGACCCUGCGGCCCCGAGGUUGUGAAAUGUGCACGCAGGAGGCUUUCCAGGCGCAGAGGAGUCAGCUGGUGGAGCUGCUGGUCUCGGGGUCCCUGGAGGGCUUUGAGAGUGUCCUGGACUGGCUGCUGUCCUGGGAAGUUCUUUCCUGGGAAGACUAUGAGGGCCUCAGCCUCCUGGGCCAGCCCCUCUCCCACUUGGCCAGGCGUCUUCUGGACACUGUGUGGAGGAAGGGUGCCUGGGGCUGUGAACAACUCAUCGCAGCUGUGCAGGAGGCCCGGGCCGACAGCCAGUCCCCCAAGCUAUGUGACCACUGGGACCCCCACUCACCACACUCAGCCCAGGACCUGCAGAGUCACCGGCCAGCCAUUGUCAGGAGACUCUACAGCCACGUGGAGGGUGUGCUGGACUUGGCAAAGGAGCGGGGUUUCAUCAGCCCAUAUGAGUGUGAUGAAAUCAGGCUGCCCAUCUUCACGUCAUCCCAGCGGGCCAGAAGGCUCCUCGACCUUGCCAUGGUGAAGGCGAAUGGGUUGGCCCCUUUCCUUCUACAGCAUGUUGAGGAAUUACCAGUCCCGAAGGCCCUGCCUUUUGAAGAUGCCGCGUGUAAGAAGUACAUGUCCAAGUUGAGGACCACGGUCUCUGCUCAGUCUCGCUUCCUGAGCACCUAUGAUGGGGCGGAGAGUCUUUGCCUAGAGGAAAUAUACACGGAGAACGUUCUAGAGAUCCGGACGGAGGCAGGCAUGGCUGGACCCCUGCAGAAUGGCCCUGCCACCCUGGGCCUGGAGGAGCUCUUCAGCACCCGUGGCCACCUCAACGAGGACGCGGACACCGUGCUGGUGGUGGGUGAGGCGGGCAGCGGCAAGAGCACACUCCUGCAGCAGCUGCACCUGCUGUGGGCUGCGGGGCGGGACUUCCAGGACUUUCUCUUCGUCUUCCCAAUCAGCUGCCGGCAGCUGCAGUGUGUGGCAAAACCCCUGUCGGUGCAGGCGCUGCUCUUUGAACACUGCUGUUGGCCUGACCUUGGCCAACAGGACGUCUUCCAGUUCCUCCUUGAGAACCCCGACCGCGUCCUCUUAACCUUUGAUGGCUUUGACGAGUUCAAGUUCAGGUUCACGGAUCACGAGCGUCACUGCUCUCCGACCCACCCCACGUCGGUCCAGAAUCUGCUCUUCAACCUUCUUCAGGGCAACCUGCUAAAGAACGCCCGCAAGGUGUUGACCAGCCGUCCCGACGCCGUGUCGGCGUGCCUCCGGAAGUACGUGCGCAAGGAGCUCACCCUCAAGGGCUUCUCGGAAGACGGCAUUGAACUGUACCUGCGGAAGCGCCAUCGUGAGCCGGGGGUGGCCGACCGCCUCAUCAGCCUGCUCAAAGCCACCUCAGCCCUGCAUGGUUUGUGCCACCUUCCGGUCUUCUCGUGGAUGGUGUCCAAAUGCCACCAGGAACUGUUGAUGCAGGGUGGGGGGUCCCCCAAAACCACCACGGAUAUGUACCUGCUGAUCCUGCAGCAUUUUCUGCUGCAUGCCUCCCCACCAGACCCAGCCCCUCAUGCUCUGGGAGCUGGCCUGCUUAGAGGCAGGCUCCCCACGCUGCUGCACCUCGGCCAACUGGCUCUCCGGGGCCUGGGCACAUGUUGCUAUGUGUUCUCAGCCAAGCAACUCCAGGCAGCGCACAUUGACAGCGAGGACAUUUCCCUUGGCUUCCUGGUGCGUGCCCAAAGGGCUGUGCCCGAGAGCACGGCCCCCCUAGAAUUCCUGCACAUCACUUUCCAGUGCUUUUUUGCCGCACUCUACCUUGCGCUCAGUGCUGACGUGCCACCAUCAUCGUCACUCAGAUACCUCUUCAACUGUCACCAGCCAGGGAGCUCGCUGCUGGCCAGGCUGCUGCCCACGCUGUGUGUGCCAGGCUCGCGGCACAGGGAGGCCAGCAUAGCAGCUCUGCUGCAGGGGACGGAGCCGCACAACCUCCAGAUCACAGCGGCCUUCCUGGCAGGAUUGUUGUCCCAGGAGCACCGGAGCCUGCUAGCCGAGUGCCAGGGUUCUGAGAAGGCCCUGCUCCGGCGCCAGGCCUGUGCCCGGAGGUCUCUAGCCCACAGCCUCCACAAGCACUUCCACGCCAUCCCACCGGCCGUGCCGGGCGAGGCCAAGAGCAUGCACGCCAUGCCGGGGUUCAUCUGGCUUAUCCGGAGCCUGUACGAGAUGCAGGAUGAGCGGCUGGCGCGGCAGGCUGUGCGCAGGCUGAACGUGGGGCACCUCAAGCUGACAUUUUGCAGCGUGGGCCCUGCUGAGUGUGCCGCCCUGGCCUUCGUGCUACGGCACCUCAAGUGGCCUGUGGCCUUGCAGCUGGACCAUAACUCUGUGGGCGACAUUGGUGUGGAGCAGCUGCUGCCUUGCCUCAGCGUCUGCAAGGCUCUUUACCUGCGAGAUAAUAACAUCUCAGACCGGGGCAUCUGCAAACUCGUCGAACACGCCCUUCACUGUGAGCAGCUUCAGAAGUUAGCUCUGUUCAACAACAAAUUGACGGACGGCUGUGCACACUCCAUGGCCAGGCUCCUCGAGUGCAGGCGGAAUUUCUUGGCAUUGAGGCUGGGGAAUAACCACAUCACUGCCGUGGGAGCCCAGGUGCUGGCCCAGGGGCUCAGGGCCAAUGCCUCCCUACAGUUUCUGGGGUUCUGGGGCAACAAGGUGGGUGACCAGGGGGCCCAGGCCUUGGCUGAAGCCUUGGGUGAUCACCAGAGCUUGAAGUGGCUCAGCCUGGUGGGGAACAACAUUGGCAGUGUGGGUGCUCAAGCCUUAGCAUUGAUGUUGGAAAAGAAUGUGGCACUGGAAGAACUCUGCCUGGAGGAGAACCAUCUCCAGGAUGAAGGUGUGUGCUCCCUCGCCGAAGGACUUAAGAGAAAUUCAAGUUUGAAAGUCCUGAAGAGGAGGACAUGGCAAAGGGACGGGUGGGCUUCAGGAGGCCGCCAACUUCGAAAGCCUCCUUUAAUUGGAUUGGCCCAAGAGGAGACCCGGGUAUCCUUGAGGCUCACCAUUCCGCCUUCCUCUCCAGGCUGUCCAACAACUGCGUCACCUACCUUGGGGCAGACACCCUCCUGCAGGCCCUUGGAAGGAAUGACACCAUCCUGGAAGUCUGGCUCCGAGGAAACACUUUCUCUCCUGAGGAAAUUGAGAAGCUCAGACACAGGGACACCAGACUCUUGCUUUGAUGUCUCCCGGCCAGCGGCCAGCGUGCUCUCAGUUUGUUGGUGAGCGGGAUGUGGGUUUGAACCCCAGAAGCUGGACCACCUCUGGCAGCAGCCUGUUCAGCCAGAGCCCCGCCCUGCUCAGGGCGAACUCAGUAGGUCACCUUGGUCCUGGCGCAGGAAGGAGCAUCAGUGCCCUUCAGAAGAGACGUUUCCAAAGCCUACUUCUGCCAUCAAGUUCUUCCCUCGAUUCUGUCCGCCGGCAGAGAAAAGGAGCAGCCCCUCUAUGUCAUGGGGCCAGCCUGCAGCUGAUGUGACGUGUGUCAGCGGGGCCCACAAAGGUUACUGAGUGCCUAUUGGGGUAGAGACCGGGAUCCACUUGAAAGGCCUCUUCCCACUCCUCUCACAAUGGGAGGGUGAGGGAGAGGGUGAGGGACAGGAAGAAACCUUCUGCCCCGCCUCAACACGUGGGUCAACCAUCCAGGCUGUUCCCACACCUGGUCCCUCUGCUUGUCCUGGAACUUCCUCUGUGGGUGAAGAUUGCGAAUAUCCGAAUAUCCGUGUUCUCAGCUUUGAUAUUUCCCUUGGAGCUAGGCCCUGCCUACCUGCCAGGGUGAGAGGGCCUACAAUUUACCCUGUUCUUCUUUCUGGUACUUAAGACAUUAUUGGGAGGGCACACAUGACAGCCAUUUAGUCCCCAAGGUAGUCUCAAUUUGCCAGAAAAAUAUGACCACCUACAACCGGUAUCAGACGUGGAUUUUAUUUCCUGUGAAGUCAAUUGCUCUUCAGUUAAGCCUCUGGAAACGACUCCCCAUCCAAAUGAAGCUUUUAAAAAUUAAUCUGCGCCAGAACUUCGAAUGGCCUUGAUGGGUUUCGGAUUGGUGCCGGCGAACUGAACUCUGACAGCAGACUUCCUAUAUAUUCACAAGAGAUGGUUCUGGUUUUUUUUGUUUUUGUUUUUGUUUUUUGUGCCACAAUGCUUUCGGAUAUAAAGUCAAGGAUCAAAAGUUUACAGGGUCAAAAAUCAAAGGCCCUUGCUUAUAAGGCAAAAAUAUUUUCCUAGAUUUCUCAAAAGGAUGCAUGUUGUAGCCUUUGUAAACUGUCAUGCCUGUGCAAGUGUUAUUAUGUUCAACAUUAUUAUUUGUGAGAACUGGUUAAUAUUUAUAAACUGCUUUGUUUUAUUCUCCUAAGUUUAUAUUUUUGUAAAGAAAAAACCCACGACCAUCAAUGUUAUGCUGUAAAUGAUCUCAGAGGAGAAAACUGUUGAGUCACCAAAGCUAUCCUCAUCAUGGCCAAACAUUUUUUUAAUGUUCCUGCAACGUGUCAAAUAUUAAAGCACGAUUUUUCUACCUGACGGGGGGAAAUGAUGUUUUUGACCAGAUAAUGUAUCGCUGAAGGCAAAAGAAAUUCUUAGAAAUAGCCUUGCCAUCAAAACAGGUUUGGCUUCAGCUUGGAAGAGUCUAACCCGGCAUGCUGUUGUACACUGUGUGGGCACCGCAGAGAGGGCUGAAAGACCCCUGCAAAUGAGAAAGGCCCUGGCCCCACUCGGUCCCCUCUAAGUGGCUCCAGGAGUCUCUUCACAGGAGAGGGAUGGAGAUGAUUUAGGAACAGCUUUCCUCAGGCAGCAGCCUCCUGGGUAGGCCUUGUUGCAAUCAUUCUUAGCUGCAUUUAAUGAGCAAGGGCUCAGGUGGCUGCUUACCAAAGGGGAAAUCCACUUCUUUGAAAG